CUCAUCACCAACAUCCCGUCGCCAGCACUUCACCGUCCAGCACGCGAAUGGCCCACCACUCCAUCCAUGACCGAUGAUGUCGGCUAGGCUGAUGCGCGCCUUCCUGCCAUCACGCCUGCUCCCCCGCCUAAACGCGAUAGCCAAACCCGCGGCAACCCACCCCGCAGCUUUGUCUUCGCCAUGCGACCCCCGAGCGUGUCUCGAAAGCUGCCGCUGCUUCGCCGACAUCCAUGAACCCAAUCGACACAACCGCAACGUCUGGUUCACCUCCUCCACCCCACGCUUAAACAAUGACCACCGGCCCCCAGAUGCCCGGACGCUGCAGCUCGGCCGGACGGUGCGCACACUACACGAGCGCCUGCCCUCGCUCCUCCUCUCGCCGCUCCCCUCUGAGAUCUUAUCCCCACAAAUCUCGCUGCACCUCUUUCCUUCCACCCACCCACAUCUUCCCUCCAUCUCGGGUCGGAUCGGCUAUGUGGCAGCCCUGUGGACGGCGCCGGUGGCAUGGGGCAGAAUCCCGCUGGUGGGGAACGUGCGGUUGGACAUCCUCUCCGAGCGGAUGGUGCGCAAUGGAGGGAGCACGGCUGUGCCUCUCGCCAGUCGCGACGAAAAGCUCAUAGUCAAAUGGAAGACUUGCGGGAAGCAGCGAGUGCGGGUCUCCGAGUCCAAGGACGCCAGAGACACCAUCACCACCCCCAAAGACCCCGUGGACAAGAUCAAAGAAUUCAUCUCCGGCGCGGGGGAAAUGAAGUUCUUCAAGCAACCUAGCGGCGAAGAGCAGGAAUUUUGCGGCAUCUUCAUCUUCGAGUUUGAUGACGAAGGACGCAUCGCUAAGCAUGUCAUCGAGCACACCGAAGAGAGCGGAAGGUUCGAUCAUAUGACGCGUGUGGUGAGUGUGACGGAUUGGUUGUUGGGACGAUUCAAUGGGAAGAAGGACGAGCUCCCGGCGCUGGCGUUGUGCGAGGAGCCGUCGAGUGGGAGGGCAAGCAAUAUUGUCAGCCGACGGAGGAGCGUGGAUUAGACUCUUACGACAACUAUCUGUACAGUAUUACGCAAACAGCACAGGGCUUGGAAUUGAUGGCAUGGCUUUAGCGAGGAGUUUGAGGGGUGUUGAUCUAUGAUGGAUUACGUAGAUGCUAGGCUAGACACUCUACUCUACCUUCAGAUGCGAG